AUGUGGAAAAUCAAUGCCCUGUCAAUUCUUCUGGUGCUUGUGUGUGCGUUACUACUUACAAAUGAAGUGAAGUGCCAGGAUGACGCGACACCUACACCUGCUGCAGAUGUAGAUGCAGGAGACGCAGGAGACGCGGGAGACGCAGGUGAUGCUGGAGAUGCUGGAGAUGCUGGAGAUGCUGGAGAUGCUGGAGAUGCUGUGGUGACCCUGGCCCCUGGUGCUGCUGCAGACUCUGAUAAUGCUCCCACCACUGCUGCUGACGCCUCUGGUCCAGUCACAGGCCUCAACACUGUUUUUGCGGUGGAUGCAGCUGUAGUUGAAGACGCCCCGGCCCCUGUCAUGCCUGAUGUGAAGUGUGUUGGGAAAGAGGACAUCACAGAGAGCAACGCGGUCAAAGCCAGUGUGGCCACAAAUGACUGUGAGGCAACGAAGAACAUCCUGGAAGCCGUCCCUGCAAACUGGUGCAGCAAGCAGGCCUGCAAGAUCAACAUCUUCCAGGACGACAGCACGGUGCUCCUGGACAGUGACGAUGCCAGUUUGGGAACCCUGGCCUCUGCUCUCCAAAGCGACGAGAUGAAAAACAAGCUGGGAGUGAAAGAUGUGAAGUUCAGCUCGUCCUCUGGCUCCUCGGUGCUGGUGGGGAUCCUGGUCACUGGGCUCCUGGGGGCUGUGGCGCUCACCGUGGGAUACUUCAAAUGUCAGCGCAGACCCAGCCCCAAAGGAGAGCGCCUGGCUGAGGAGGGCACUCCGGUGGACCAGCAGAAUCAGGCCAACACACUGGCCUCAGACGCCCCCCUGAAUCCUCCUCCUGAGACCCCAGAGAAGCCCAGCGCAAACGGCGAGGCACCCGAGGGAGACAAGAGCCAGCCUCCACCCACCAACGGCCACUCUACUCCUGCUACUACGGCUGACACAGAGCUGUGA